CAAUCCUUAUAUAAUCCUUUUAGUACACACACAAAAUUCAAUCAACAUUUAUUACCUAAUUUUUUUUCUUACUACUACUAUUCUAUAAGUCAAAAAAAAAAAAUCUCCUUUUUACGUUUGAAAUUAAAACUUUGUUCUAUUUUUCUAUUUAAAUUCCUUUUUUUCUCCACCUAUAAUAAUUACUAUCAUUUUUUUCACUACCUAAUUUUUUCUUUUGCAACUUGUUAUUUUCUUUCCCAUAUAUAUGCAACACAGUUUUUUUUUUGGUGUAUAGCACAUGAACAAAGUUGAAAAUUGAAGUUUAAAGGAACCGUGGUACGGAGAAGGUCUAGAUUGUUUAAUCUUGAGCCGAGGGUCUAUCGGAAAUAGGGCCUCCGUGUCUCACCUCUGAGGUACUGGUAUGGACUGCGUACACUUACCCUCCCCAGACUCCGCUUCGCUUGGUGGGAGUGUAUUCGGUAUGUUGUUGUUGUUGUACCGUGGUAUGGAGAAGGGUAGAAUUAUUUUCAGCAGUCGAACUGGAGACUAUAUUGUUUGUUAUAGUUCUAUUGAAACGUUAUUCUGGUACCAUCACCUGGCUUUGGGGAUAAAGAAGUACAUGAGGCAACAUUUUCCGAAAGAUAUAAUCAUGUGUGAACCGGAACCUGAUGCUGCUCGUGGGGUUCUUAGUUUUCUUGAUGUGGACCAACUUUUUAGUUCCAACUAUUACGGUGACAGUAGACAGCAUGACAUUGAAAUCUGUCAUGAACAGUAUGUCAGAGAAAACCCCUAUCACCCAUCAUAUUGCAACGUUGAAAAUGAUGAGGUUAUUGCUCAUGCUCUACAAGAAGCAUGGUCAGAGUUGUCUAUUGCCGACGGUGCUCCAUCUUCACAUGCGGAUGAGCAGUACUUGCAAGCCUCCACUGGUGUACAACAUUGGCAUGGUCCACCUAGGGAGUACUAUGCUGGGCAUGACACCGGCCUCGAAGCUGAUGAUGUGGGGCCUUCAAGUUCUUGCUCUAGUCCUGGAGACAGAUCAUGCGACGGAGAAGAGUAUACUACAUUGGAAAUACAAGAUGAAUUUGAGAUUGAUGGAGAAGUAAAGAAGAGAAUAAACCAGCUGAGUGCUAUCCCGCAUGUUCCUAGAAUAAACGGAGACAUACCUUCAGUCGAUGAAGCAACUUCUGAUCACCAAAGGCUGCUAGAUAGAUUGCAAUUAUUUGACUUGGUGGAGCACAAAGUGCAAGGAGAUGGAAAUUGUCAGUUCCGUGCUUUAUCAGAUCAAUUCUAUCGUAGCCCAGAGCACCACAAAUUUGUCAGACAGCAAGUAGUCAGUCAGCUUAAAGAUCAUCCGGAGAUAUAUGAGGGGUAUGUCCCAAUGGCAUAUGAUGAAUACUUGAAGAGGAUGGCCAAGAACGGGGAAUGGGGCGAUCAUGUUACGUUGCAGGCUGCGGGUGACUCGUAUGGCGUGAAAAUUCUUGUUAUAACAUCAUUCAAAGACACAUGUUACAUUGAGAUUCUUCCGAAGAAUCAAAAGUCGAACAGAGUCAUAUACUUGAGUUUCUGGGCAGAGGUGCACUACAACUCAAUAUACCCGCAAGGAGACUUCCCAUGUGAUGAUUUUAAGAAGAAGAAGAAGAAGUGGAGUUUCAGCUGGCACAAACAUUAACAGUUCUUACACAGGGGCGGCUCAACCGUAAAGUCACUAAAGCAAUGACUUUAGGCUCGUGAAAAAUAAGGCUUUAAAAUUAUUCAGUGUUAUAGAUAUAAAUAUAGAUAAUAAUACAUUUAUUAUUAGUAUUAAUUGAGAUUUUUUUAAAUAAAUUGUUGUCAAUUAUUUACCAGUCAUUAUGCACAUACUUUCAAAAUUUUACUAUUUUAAAAAAAGAUAAUGGAUGUAACUAUGAUAUAAAGGUAAUUAAAUUUGCAGUUAAUUUUUAUUUUU